AGCAAACCCUUGCACAAUUGGCAAAACCACCACCAACCACACAUCGCACAAACACCAACCACCACCAGACGCAGCAAACACCUCUGACGAUGAGUGCGGGGAGCGGCGACGGUGACGCGCAUUCGAUGCACGAGUUCCUGAUCCAGGAAGGCGACAAUGGCGACGUGUUGGGGCUGACAGAUGAUGGGUUAAGUGGAGAGAGCAGUACAGACGGGCUUGGGUCAUCAUCGUCGGGGUUAAUGGAUGGGAUCGAAGUCGACACAUCGCUGUGGCGAGUGAGCAGACUCAGCCUCAUUUUGCUCAAUGUCGGCUGGACCGGACUGGCGUGUGUCCUGGUGGCCUGGGGCGUGGUGAUGCUCCCUUCGCAGGUGCGCAGUACCGUGGGGAACGACCGUGUUGGCCUGGGCUUGGCGGCGAUUGUCGUCGUGGGGUCGUUGUUAAUCGUGACACCCCUGAUUGGCAUGUUGUCUGACCGGUCCACCCUGUCCUACGGGCGCCGCCGCCCCUGGAUGCUGAUUGGCCUGGUGUGGCUUGUGAUUGCACAAAUAUGCCUCGGCCUCGCCAACCCACACAAGCCCGCUGCAAAACCCCUUGGGUGCGAGGACGAGCUGAACAACGCCACCUCCAUUGUCGGCACCACCACGGCUGCCCCGGACACGGAGGAACUUCACGGCCACCUCUGGGCGCUCAUCCUCGUCUACGGCCUCGCCACCGUCGGCUACCAGUUGAUUGGCACGCCAUAUACGGGGUUGAUCGCCGACCAUACACCACCAGCCCAGCGCGGGUUUGGAUCCGGCAUGAACGGCAUCCUCACCGUCACCGGCAACCUGCUUGGUGCCAGUGUUGGCUUCUUGUUUGCGUCGAGCCUGACAAUUCUUCACAUCUACAUCAUCCUCUCCAUUCUCGUCACCGCCAGCGUGCUCGUCGUUGUGUUUAGCCAGCCUGAGGACCCGCCGCCAAAGUCGCAGCAGUGGCGUAAGAGCGGAACAGCGAAGCGGUCCGGGUGCUCAAACUUUGUUCUCACAUAUGUCGAGCCCCUCAAGCACCACGACUUUCGCUGGGUCUUCUUCACCCGCUUCCUCAUGCAGCAAGGGCUGGCGACGGUGCUGUUCUUUCUUGAGUUGUACUUCCACGACCAGGUUGAUCUGCCCGGCGAUCUGCGAUCGGAGGAGGCCGUCGCGUAUGCGCUCGUGCCGCUCUUCAUCUGCGCCGGCGUUUCCUCCGUCCUCUCCGGCAUGGCCAGUGACAGGAGCGGGGGAAAGCGAAAGCGGUUUGUGAUUGGCGCUGCGCUCAUCAUGAGCGUGUCCACAAUUGUCCUCGUCUUCGUGCGCAGCUUCUACGCGUGCCUGGCGGUUGCGGGCGUGUUUGGCGCGGGGUACGGCUGCUUCACGUCUGUCGACUUUGCGCUGGUGCUUGACGUGCUGCCAAACGAACGGGACAGGGCCAAGGAUCUCGCCAUCUGGCACCAGGCUCUUGUCCUGCCACAACUCAUCGCCACCCCAAUUGGCGGUGCCAUUCGUGAUGGCAUCACGCGCGUCGCGUGCUCCGGGCCCAGCACAUCGCCAAACCACUGCAAGAAGGCGCACUGCCCUGCUGCAUACAUUGUUCUCUUCUCCAUCACCGCAGCCUACUUUCUUCUCUCCGCCCUAUUUGUCCGUCGUGUUCGAGGUGUCAAGUAACUCCAUAAACCCACCCAGAAACUCCCCUCCCCCCCCCCCCCCCACC